UUCUGGGUGCCACAAUACAAAAAAGACAUUAAACUAUUAGACAGCUUCCAAAGGAGAGCUGUGAAAAUAGUCAAGGGUCUCGAGGGGGAGCCACAUGAGGAGCGGCUGAGAUCCCUUGAUCUGUCCAGCCUGGGGGGGACUGAGGGGAGACCUCACUGCAGUUACAGCUUCAUCAUGAGGGGAAGCAGAGGGGCAGACACUGAUCUCUGUGGUGCACAGUGACAGGAAACAAGAGAAUGGCCUGAGGUUGUGUCAGGAGAGAUUUAGGCUGGAUGUUAUUAGGCAAAGGUUUUUACCCAGAGAGUGAUUGGGCACUGGAGCAGGUUCUCCAGAAACCUGGUCUCAGCACCAAGCCUGCCAGAAUUCAAGAAGCAUUUGGAAGAUGCUCUCAGGAACAUGGUGUGAUUCUGGGGAUGUCCUGCGUAGAGUCAGGAGUUGGACUUCAGUGAUCCUUAGAACUCGGUAUCUGUGACAUGGGGAGAAAGAGUGCCUGAGUCUGCACUGGAGGCAGGGGCUCUUCUUCACAGCUGCUGUCCCUCAUGGGCUGUGCCCUUAACUCCUGUGGUGUCCUUAGCUGAACUGAGACCAGAUGCAAGCCCUGGCUGACCCGUGGGACUCCUCACCCAGGAGAUGGAAAAACUGGUUGCUUGUGUACAAAAAAAGCCAGAUGCUGUUUGUAGACUGAUUUGCUUUCCAUGGGCUGGAAGUGGAACUUCACAACUUGCUCAGUGGGGGAGACUCUUCAACGACUCAGUUGAAGUGUUCUGUAUAAGGCUUCCUGGAAGAGAAACUCGUCUUGAAGAGCCUUUUGCAAAAGACAUGACAAGUGUAGUUAAUGAAAUUACAAGUGUUUUGUUAAAAGAAUUUAAAGAAAAACCAUUUGCAUUUUUUGGUCACAGUUUUGGAACUUACAUGAGUUUUGCUGUCGCACUUCAUCUGAAAAAAAAGUAUGGACUGGAGCCAGUCCAUCUUUUCAUGUCAGCAGCACACUCCCCAAAUUCUGCAGCAUAUCUUGCUGUCAAAAGCAUAGUCCUACCUGAUGGACCCAAUGACCUUCUUGCAAUUAUGGAGAUUCUAGGAGGAAAUUUUGAGCUUCCACAUGAUGAAGACCUUUGGAGGGAUACGGCGCUUACUUUCAAAGAAGACGCCAAACUUUUUCAGACGUGUUCAUUUGAGAAGACAGAACUGAAUAUCCCCUUCUCCUGUGAUAUUACCUACUUUUGUGGGUCUGAUGAUAAAAUAUAUGAUGCAAAAGGUUGGCAAGAACUAACGAGUGGAGAUACUUCCUUUUAUGAGCUUCCUGGAGAUCACCUUUAUCUGCUGAAACCCUCUAAUGAAAGCUUCUUGAUAAAACACAUGACAAGAAGCAUAGAAAAUGGUCUAUGAGUAUUUCUCGCAAUUUUUAAUAGCAGUGUACGGUUGGUCCACAGCAAUUUGUAAUAAAUCACUUCUUUCUCUA